UUUUUUGCAGAAUUUAUUUGGUGCACAAGCACCGGUAGUCAAUAUAAUUAUAAUUACAUUAAACCACCUAAAACAAGCUGAUCAACCGCAAUCAAAUAUCUCAACAGGCUAAUAAUAAACGCCAGAGAGUGGCGCACAUCCGCCAAUUGCUCAACAUCAAGCGAGGAAAACACGGCGGAAAAAUGGAUCUGCUCGACUCAAUACUCAACGCCAUGGAUGCGCCGCCUGCCAACAACGAGCAACAGAAGACGCUGAUAAAGAAACAGCGCGAAAUGUUGGAGCGGAUGCAGAACAAACAGAAGGAGGAGCUCCUCCGAUUCCGAAAGUAUGUUGACGAACGGAUGGGGCGAUUCGCCAAGGACGACAGGCGAUGCAUCGAGUUCCAGCCGCUGGAUAAAGUGCACCGCUCGGUGAUCCACGAAGUAGCCGAAAAUGGCGGCUUCAUUGCCAUGAGCUUUGGCCGCGAGGAUGUGGACCGACAUUCGGUUGUGUACAAAAAGGAGCAUGCUCCUGGCGAGGAUGAGGUCACGGCCCGUCGGAACGGAGACGGCUGGACCGAGGAGAUAGCCAAGGAGUACGCGGAGCGACGACGGGAACGAUUGGCGCAGGAGCAAAGUGACAAAGAAGCCUCCACAUCCGAAGCAGCAAGUUCAGUCUCAUCCACGUCUGCAGCCGCGGAUCAGGACUCCGGCGAAGUUAAGCCCACGACCAACUACAAGGCCAAGUAUGCCCACCUCAUCGGAGAGUCGGCCGCAUUGCAGGCGGCCCGUAAGACGGAGACCAACCAAAGUUACGGAUUCGUGCCCAGCAAGAACAAGAAAGAUGUGCGCUCCAUCGAACAAACUUUGGCCGACAUCCAGGCCAAAAAGCGUCUGCGAUUGGCUCAGCAGCAGGAGCUGGAGCAAGAGCAGCAACCGCAAGAGGCAACCACAUCCACAGAGGACCCAUGAGUCGCCUGGAAACCAAUUAGUAUACAGAUAGCUCACUUAAUGCAAGACUGUCGCAACCAAAAAAAAGGAUUAUACUUCAUACAUCAGAAUCAGACAUGACAUGCUCGUCUUGUUCGCUAACUCCUGCUCGAUAACAUCGAUAAUAUUUAACAAAACAGAGCAUUCAUCAUUUUUAGAGGGCCAAAGAUUUAUAAAUUUGUAGUAUUUAUACUAUCUUUUGCUCACAUUAUUCGUAUUUGGUAAAAGGAAAUAGGCUUGAUACUAAUUUUUAUCUUAGGUUAGCUCCAUUAAAUUAAAUGCCCUUUUUUUGAGUAAUGACAGCCUUGUAUCGAGUGAGAUUAGUUUUGUUGAUUCAGAUUAGUCACAUGAAAGGUCUCUGACUGCCAUGUAAAUCAUAAGUAAUAAGCAAUUUCAUUUGUUGGCCAAUUAAGAUCCGAAAGUUGUAAAUGUUUUAAGCAAGUUAUGUGUCCGUAGCAGAGUCCGAAUCGCAAUAUCUAUUUAUAUAAUAAAAACCCAAAAAAAAA